AUGGGCACAGGCUGGCGAGCUGUCCCUGCCUCAGACCGCGCGACGCGUUCCGGCGCCGGUCCCAGUACGCCGUUUGAGAACCCCCGUUCGAAGCGUGCGCACGUCGAGAUCAUCGAGGCUGAAGAUUCUGAGGGCGAAGAACGUCUUUUGUUCAAGCUCAAAUCCAAGAAACUUAAGACGGGAGUCAAGGAGAAAGCGCCUGUCAUCUUCGACCCUAGAAGCGCUGGAUUGAGAGCGCAAUUGACCGACAUCCACAAGCGACGCGAUCGCUUCGUCCAUCACCAUCGCAGCACAUUCCUACCACUUCUGCCUCCGUCCAAUUAUGUCGCCAAACUCGCAAACUCGGCGCAUCCGCCUCCUGCGGGAUUUCAUCCUUACCGGUUACUCGAUAGUCAACCUAACUUGAUCAAAGGUGGUGAAAUGAAGGAGUAUCAGAUUCAGGGUCUCAGCUUCAUGGUGUACCUCUGGGAGAACGGUAUGAACGGCAUCUUGGGUGACGAAAUGGGUCUCGGCAAGACGCUGCAAACGCUCUCCAUGAUCGCCUGGCUGAAGGAGAACAAGGAUCACAAGGGACCACACUUGGUUGUAUGUCCGCUUUCAGUGUUGCAGAACUGGAUGGCGGAAAUCGAGCGAUGGGUUCCGAGUUUGACAGCGUUGAGAUAUCAUGGAGGCAAAACUGAACGCGAGCGAUUGAAGAUUCAGGCUAGGGAGAAUGAAUACGAUGUUGUGGUCACCACCUACGAGCAAUAUGUUGCCGAGGACGCUUGGUUCAAGAAGAGGGCUUGGGGCGCUGUCGUCGUUGAUGAAGGUCAUAGGAUGAAGAACGAGGGUACCAACAUUGCCAUGAAGCUCGUGAACAUCACCUGUCAAUGGCGUCUCCUCCUGACCGGAACCCCAUUGCAGAACAACCUUCGCGAGCUUUGGGCCUUGCUGCAUUGGCUUUAUCCCGAUAUCUUCACCCCAACUACGUCGCAGCGUUUCCACGACUCCUUCGAUCUUACCGGUGGAAAGUACGACACGGGAUUCAUCGACUCUGCUAGGAAGUUGUUGGAGAUUGUCAUGAUUCGUCGUAUGAAGCAAAACUUGGAGCACGAGUUCAAGGUCCCAGAGAAGGAAGAGGUGACCAUUUACCUCCCUCUGUCGCCCAUGCAGAGGUUCUGGUACAAGAGGUUGCUCACGAGGUUGGAUAAGCCCAUGUUGGAAGAGAUUCUCGAGGGUAAGGGCCCCAGUGCAGGCGGUACGCCUUUGAAGGUGGAAGUGGACACACCAGCCGAGUCACAAACCGGCACCGAGGUCUCUGGGUCAAGGAUGAGCGCGAUCAAGUUGGAAGCGGCUAUGCUUGCCCAGGCUAACGCGCCUUCUGAUUCCAAAGAGUCCGGUGAGUGGAAGAAAUUGAUGAACCUUCUCAUGCAGCUUCGCAAAGCCUGUUCGCAUCCUUAUCUCCUGCCCGGUUCAGAGCCCGAUCCAUACAUCCUCGACGAUCACAUUAUCGAGGCAUCUUCCAAGAUCCAAUUCCUCGACAAACUCCUACCAACGCUUCGACAGGAAGGACGGCGCUGUCUUAUCUUUACGCAGUGGACCCGCAUGUUGGAUGUUUUGCAAGAUUACUGCGAGUACCGCGACAUCAAGUUUGCUCGUCUUGAUGGAUAUACCUCCCGUCCCAGAAGAACCCUCGACAUCAAGCUGUUCCAGCAAAAGAACAGUCCAUACGAAGUCUACAUGAUCUCCACGAAGGCCGGUAACCUCGGUAUCAACUUGACUGCUGCAGAUACCGUGGUGAUGAUGGACUCGAUGUGGAACCCACAAGAUGAUCUUCAGGCUAUCGCCCGUGCUCAUCGAAUCGGUCAAACGAACAAGGUGAAGGUGUACCGCCUUAUCUGUCAGGAUACAGUCGAGGAUCAGAUGUUGAGUCGUAUUCGGAAGAAGCUUUAUCUGAGUGCAAAAAUCACGGCAAGUUUGAGAGAUCUGCAUAACGGCAACGGCGAGGAGAACGGGAAGGGCGACGAGGAGGAGCAGGGACCCACCAUGGCUCGCAGUGACUUGAUUCAGAUCUUGAGGGCGGGUACUGGUGCUAUGGGAAGGAUUGAAGCCGAGGAGUGGGAGAAGAUGUCGCUCGAAGAAAUUUUGGAACAAUCGAAACAGACUGAGCAGAAGAAGGAUGACAAGGUGAAGCGCGAAGCUGGUCUGCAGCAGGAGGAUGGCGAGGAAAAGAAGCUGAGCGAGGAGGAUGAAGAAAGGAAAUUGCUUGCGGGUGUAGAACACGUUCGCACAAGGAUGUUCGAAGGGCAGCAUUACGCGAAAACGGUUCGUGGUAUCGCUGACGAGUGGCGCGAUAUCCAAGGCAAGCGUACGCGCGAGGAACGUACCGUAAACAUCGACGGAAACAUGGUCUUGAAGGAGACCCUCGGAAACGAGUUCGGCGAGAGCGUCAAGACCCUGAGCAGUCAAACCGGCACGCGUCACGCACCCAAGAAGAAGGACGGGCGAGGACGAAAGAAGUUCGAACACCAAGACUACUGCUGGGAGUGUAAAGACGGCGGGUUCGUCAUCGAGUGUGGACAAUGUCCGCGCGUGUACCACCCGAAAUGUAUCGGAUGGAACAAGAACGACGUCAAGCGCACUACCAACCUCGUUUGUCCUCAGCAUAACUGCUGCAUGUGUGCGCGUAACACGACGAAUGCUGGUGGUAUGCUCUUCCGGUGUUCCUCGUGCCCGAACUCCUUCUGCGAGGACUGCUUGCCUCCUGGCGAUAUCAUUGGGUACGGAACCGAGUUGCCGGUGUUAUUGGCAUUUGGGUACCCUGAGGUAACACAGGCGUAUUAUAUCCGUUGUUCGCAGUGUAUUGACUACUACAGUCGGCAUUCCGAGGCACAGGCGGCUUACGAAGCGGAGGAUCGUGAGGCGAGGAUCAAGCUGGGCAUGGACCUGGAGGAUACUAGCAAGGGUGGGUUUACGCAGACGAGUGCGGGUGCUACUACUACAAACUUGUUGAGGGAGAAGGUCGAGGAUCCUGAGGCGAAGGUUAAGGCGUAG